AAACUUACUUCAUUCCAAGACUUGCCAUGAGCAAGUCGGGGAUACACGGGCGCUUUAGGAUUUGCAAAUGCCAUGGAGUUGGAAACUGCCACAAGUUGAGGCUGUAAUUACGCUCUAGUCCUUAUCAAGAUACACAUGCAUCACACUUGUGGUCACCAAUCAAAAAGCAAAGUCCACCAUAAUCUAAGGCCUAUAGUGGUAAAAUGCGUCCAAUAACAACUCAAACUAAAACCAAAAACCUUAUCCAAUUUUCCAAUGUCUAUCAUCACUCUCUCCCUCCCUUCCACAAACCCCUCCUUCUUUUCUUCUUCUCCCAAACCAUUCAAAUUCAAUCCCAAGUCCUCUUCACAACUUUCACCCACUCCCUCUUCACUAUCCAAAACUAGUGGAGUCAUUAUAAUAGGCGCCGGCCUCGCCGGCUUAGCCGCUGCCACCCACCUCAACUCCCAAAACAUCCCUUUCCUCCUCCUUGAAUCAUCUGACGCCGUCGGUGGCCGUGUCCGCACCGACAUUGUCGACGGCUUCCGCCUGGACCGCGGCUUCCAAAUCUUCAUCACCGCUUAUCCAGAAGCCCAAAAACUCCUCAAUUACCAAUCCUUAAACCUCCAAAAAUUUUACUCCGGAGCUAAAAUCUUCUACGACGGCAAAUUCCACACCGUGGCAGAUCCACUUCGCCACUUCUUGGAUUCCGCAAAAUCACUCACGAAUCCCAUCGGUUCCAUCUUUGACAAAUUACUAAUCGGAACCACCAGAAUUGGAGUCCUCACAAAAUCAGAUGAACAAAUUCUUACUUCAGAAGAAGUCCCCACAAUUGACUUACUAAAGAAGCUAGGGUUUUCCGAUUCCAUCAUUACAAGAUUCUUCCGACCUUUUUUCGGCGGAAUCUUCUUCGAUCCAGAGCUCCAAACAACUUCAAGACUAUUCGAUUUCAUCUUCAAGUGCCUCGCACUCGGCGAAAAUACUCUCCCGGUGAACGGCAUAUCGGCGAUUCCUGAACAGUUAGCGGCAAGGUUGCCGUCAGAUUCAAUCUUGUUAAACACGAAAGCAGUUUCCAUUGAUUUUGGUGGCUCCGAAUCGCCGCGCGUGAGGUUGCACAACGGCGACGUUUUGGACAGCGAGUUAGGCGUGAUCGUGGCCGUUGAAGAACCGACAUUGCCCAAGCUAUUGCCGGGGAGAAAAAACCCGGUUCCUAAAAAACCGGUUCGUAGUACAGUUUGUUUAUAUUUUACUGCAGAACCGGACUAUAUCCCGGUUCGUGAUCCGGUUCUAUUUCUGAAUGGGUCGGGUAAGGGAAUUGUGAAUAACAUGUUCUUUGUUACAAAUGUAGCUCCGUCGUAUGGCCCGCCAAACAAGGCAUUGGUUUCGGUAUCAUUGAUUGGGUUAUUUGAGAAUGAAUCGGAGGAUGAGUUAGUGGAUAAAGUGGUUCAAGAACUUUCAGAUUGGUUUGGAGAUAGAAUGGUAAAAGAAUGGAAGCAUUUGAGGACUUAUCGAAUUGAGUAUGCACAACCUAAUCAAUGUCCACCCACGAAUUUAAAGAAAAACCCGAAUCUUGAACCGGGUUUAUAUUUGUGUGGUGAUUAUUUGACUUCAGCUACUUUUGAUGGUGCUUUGGUAUCUGGGAGGAGAGCAGCUGAAUCACUCUUAAAGGAUAGAUGCUUCAUUGGCUAAUGCUUCAUGAGUUAAUUAUUCGUUACUUUUAGAGAAUUCUUUCAUAUUCUUUGUUUACAUUGCAACUGUAUGAAAAAUGUAACCUUUUUGUGAUAAAAACACGAGAAAAACCUAUAUAUAGCUUACAUUUUAAAAAAACACA